CGAAGAUCAGCCCCUUUCAGGCGUUGUGAUGGGCUUGUGCCACAACGAAGUGGGGCAGCAACAGAAGCGCUUAUACCGAAAUCGAUUUUGUGGCCUUCCUCGCCGAUGGUCAGCCGUUCGGGCUUCAGUAUCCAAAGGAUCUUUUACUUGACCUCAUACUUUUUCGGAUCAAUCGUUGGUUCACCCACCUGGCUACUGAUCAUCGCCAGUAUGUCAAGGGGCGGGGUUGAGUAAACGAUCCGAUCUUGGUGUGAAACAUGGAGGCGCUCCUCUAAUAACGUCCCGUUCGAAACAAGAUCCCUGUCGGCGGCAGAGUCCAAUUACGAUAGCGCUAUGGAAUUGUAUCCAAAUGCAUAAGAAUGGCACUUUUUCUGAACUCCUGCCUACGUUGGUUGCUUGUUACUUCGCUUUUCGUUCUUUACCAUUCGUUCUUUUUGCCUGAUCUGUGAUCACCACACUCUUUUCAAUUGCAACCAUGCGCUCCACACUUUCUUUUCUGGCCAGCCUCAGCGCUGUGUCUGCCUACACGGUCAUCAACCACAAGCCCUUCAUGAACAAGAACGUCGAUGCCUUGGUCGUCCCAGGAACUUACACAAGCCAUAUGCACACGUUCUUCGGAAGUGACGUUAUAACCAAUGUGAAGCCCACUACUGCCGAGCUCCAAAAAGGCUGCUACUCAGGCGACAAUGCCAACGAUCUCUCCGUAUACUGGGUCCCAACCCUUUAUUACAUCAAGGAUGACGAGCGCAUUGAGGUCCCUAUCUAUCGUUUCAGCUCCUACUAUCAAAACAGCGGCUAUGCCGAAGCCGCAUUCCCUGCAGACACUGGCUUGAUCGCUGGUAACGCAUCAGCCCACACCCAGGCGGCAGCAGAUCACAAGUACAACCUGCUGGAGUGGUGGUGCGAAAUGGACGAGAGUGAGGCGAAAGACGCAGGCAAAUUCCCCACCAAGACCUGUUCCACGCACCUCCAAGUCCAGCUUCGCUUCCCCGACUGCUACAGCUCCGAGACUCUGAAAUACGAGUACUCUGAAGUCGCGUGGGGUAAUGCCAACCGCUGCCCUGACGGAAUGAAGCGCAUCCCCCAACUACGCUUCUCCAUUCGCUACGACCUCCGCAAGGCACUUCCCGAGGGCUGGUCCGGUACUGCACCUCUGCAGCUUUCCUGCAGUGACACCGUUGGUGACGGUUACUGCAUGCACGGUGACUUCAUCAAUGGGUGGUACGCCGACGCUGCAGAGAAUAUGCUCAAGGCCGACGCCGAUGGGAAGCAGAAGUUCAAGAGCGUUGAUGGUGAGCAUGGCACUGGGUCUAAGCCCAGCGAGUGCACGCCCGAAGACGCGGAUCCGAACAACGGUACAAGUGAUUAUGAGACCAGCUUGACUAUGAUGAAGAACGGAGGUCAGAAGAGCGAUGCUGCUCCUGCGGUUGGCGCUGCAGCGAAUGACGCUGUUAUUGAGGAGAGCUGCUCGACUAAACGCAGCAUUGGAAACAAGUCGAAGCGUGAUGCUGCGAGGAGGGCGCUCAAGAAAGCUCUGGAAGCUCUCGACGCUCUCGAAGAGUAGAUCACGAUCUCAGAUUCAUAUUUUAAGACAGGAGCA